AUGCCUCCAAAGGCCCCUCGUAUGCAAUACCAGCGAGGUGAGCAGGUCUUGCAGGUUGACGACCCCGGCAAUCAUGCUUUCAAAGCUCAACCUGUCAAGAACAGUAGGAAGAGACCAAAUACAGCUCAGCCUUCCACUAAGAAUGGUCCAAUUGAGAUUGACUCUGACAAUGAGCAUCCUCAACCAUCCAAAAAACCUCGUCCAGACACCCGUUCCUCCAAAUCAAGAAUCGCUGAUGCCAAGAAAGGAAAAAACGUGGUUGAAAACAUAUCAGAGUCAGAAGACAAUUCCCACCCAGAAGUCGUUCCUUGUGCAAAUUUACCACUAAGAAAGCUUCUCAAACCAUUUGCAGACCAUGAUGCAGACAUCUACAUCGCACUCAUUCAAACAAAACCCGAGUAUUCAUUCAGGAUGCACUCAUAUAUACUGAGACGUGCCUCUCCGUGGUUCGCUGGACAGUUGCAGGAAACCGUGGUCAAUGAGGUGGAUGAGAAGUUAGCAGCUGGGAUUACUGAAGAUACUGGAAUCAAAUAUAGAUUUGAGCUUAUGUUUGAUGAUCACCUUGGUUAUCAUACAUUGAAGCGGGUGGGACUCACAAUGUACAAGGAGCAACCUCAAGCUGUCAUCAAUAGAGCUAUUCCCGAUUCCAGCAAUCGCUAUGACGGCUAUUUCUUCUCUGGCAAUGUUUCAUCAAACUCGCGUCAAUCGUCUGUAUUUUUGCCACCAUACGAUGGCUCGUGUGACGACAUUGAAAUGGCAAAUACAAUGGAUGGUCCUAAUUCAUCUAUUGCUUUUAAUAUUACCGAUUUCCUUCCAUCACUAAGCACAAUUCCACCUACUCAAGACUCUAUCAAUGAGGUUGAAAAAGUGGAUAAUGGCAUCAAGUUGGAAGAUACCACUACUUCUUUGAAUAUUACCGAGGUCAAUCUGCCAGCCCAGAACGAUGUGACGGAGCAAAUUGCUACACCACCUGCAAGUCCCAUUAAAGUAAUAACUGGAACUAAUACAGACGUGAUACUGUAUCAAGGUCCACAGAUCAACAUACGCCCCCAGGCUGUCCUUGCAGAUCAAAUCAUUCCAACAGUUGAUACGCCUAUCAAAGCAGAGAUUAAAUCCGAGAAACAAAUGUUCUCGCCAAGUCUUCCAGAAGACAUGUCGCCAGAAAGACAACUUGAAGUCCUUUCGAAUGUUGAAGAAAAAGUUGAUGAGCAAUUACGCAUUGAAUUACAGGAAAUUGAAGUGCCACAAGGUCGCCAAAUCUCACCCGAAGAACAACUUCAGGUGGCUAUCUCCAUGGGGAAUCCAAUAGGACCUGAGAUAAAAACCGAGGACACACAGCAAGCUACAAUUUCGCUUUCGAAGCAGCAAUGCAAGAUUGAUCCAAUUGUUAAGGAACCGUCUGGCAAUCAUGUUAUUGAGCAGACAUUCAUUCCCACCGCAGAAAAGCCAAUCAACAAUGUAACAUGUCAAAAGCUAGCCCCUUUGAGGGGGGUUGAGCAAACAGUCCUCGAUGCUUACCGUUCCCUUUUUCUGUGCUACUUUGGCUGUGCCCCCACAAUUUCCACAACAAAUGCAGCAACUGCAGCAUCACAGUCCAUGUUGUUGAUAAAAAUCGCCAAUCGCUAUGACUCAGUGAAGGUUGUUAGGCCUCACAUAGUUGCAGCUCUCCUUUCUCUAGGACGUAGCCUAUACGCAUCUAUUCGUCGCAAUCCUCCUCAGUACCUACUUUUGGCAAACAAGCUUCAAUGCGCUCCCAUCUUUAAGGAAGCUCUCAUUCAUAUCGUAGGACAAUACCCCUCCUGGCCAUGGCUCACUAAAGAGGAUCGGAUGAGUCAAGUUCUUGGCAAGGUCAUUCAAAUGAAGUUCGACGAUCUCCAAGACAUGAGAUUCAAGAUCAAUGAUGCACUUUUCCAGAGUUGUCUCGUGAAAGAAAAAGUGAGAGUUAGCAUCAACAAUUUUGAUAAGUCAACCUUUGACAUGUGGAUCAUUGUGCAGAUCUGGCAUGAUUGGUUCUCUCAACAGUUACGCCAAUGUAAGAUGGUUCGACGCUAUGAAAAUCGGAGCGUGGAGAAGAACAUGUAUAGGCUUAUUGCGCAAGGUGGUGAAGCGUACCUAGGUAUCGACAAUGUUAUGGCAAUGAUUGAACCAUUCAGAGCCGGUUUGGAGACCAGAGAGUGGGGACACUGGAAGAAAGACCAGGUUGAGUUGCAGUUGAAUAUGCUGAAGAAAUAUGCUUCAGAUAACGUCAAGGGUUUGUUGGUCAAUCAGUUGAUGGGUGAUACUGGCGGAAAUGCUGGUGAAAUCGAAUAUCUCACUUGCACCAACGUUCAUGAGGAUGAGUUGCCAUGGGCUCAAGCACAAGUGGUUAUCAUUGAGGAUUAG